AUGGGUGAGAAAGUGCUCUCACACAAUCUGUGCACAGCGCUCAAUGUCCCCCACAACACUGCAGCCUUGGAGGAGCACUUUCUAGGGAUAAUAAAAAAAAAUUGGGUUGAAGAGGGACGUUUUGUCAAAGAGAAUUGCAACGAACUUUGCCGGAUGCUGACCGCAAAAAAAAAACUACAACACAACGGAACAGGGCUCCUCUCAGAGAGAGACACCUUCAAGCUGUGGUGCCUGUUCAACUUCCUAUCUGAAGACAGCUACCCUCUGGUCAUUGUCAAAGAGGAGGGUUAUAUGUGGAAAAAGGGCCACGUGCGAUGGAACUGGAAUGAACGCUGGUUUAUCCUGAAGAUUUGUUGCAUCUCGUAUUAUAUUAACGAGGAUCUCAGGGAGAAAUCCUCCUGGAUAAGGACAGCAGAGUCCAGUAGUCUAUAUUUAGAAAGGGUCAAGAAGCUUUUGUUACAAAGCACUUCUACUCUCCUGCCACUUGCUGACAAAGAAGGGAACCGAUGCCUAUUCUGCAUCAGAACAUCAAACCGGAAGUAUGAGAUCAGUGCCUCGGACACCAAGUGCAUCAGCACAGCCUUCCAGGUGCUGAACAAGCCCUCGCUGCACAAAAAGCAGAAAGCAAGGCGCCGGGAGCAGCGGGAGGAGAUAGUCAGGAAGCAGCGGGAGCUGGAGCUCCAGCAGCUGAAGGAGCUGCAGGAAGUAAAGGAGAUGCAACUCCAGCACCUGGAAGAGCUGAGACAGAGGAGGAAAGAGCAGGAGGAGAUGCAGCGAGCCUUGCAGAAGAAACUGCAGGAAGUUGAGGAGGCCAAGUCCACGAUGCGGAUGGAGUUGGCACAGAAAGAGGUGGAGGCUGAGAAGCAGAGUCAGAGGAUCCAGGAGCUGGAAAAGGUGCAGCUUGGGCUGGAGGAGGCCUUGGAGGCUGAAAUGCAGGCCCGGGCAGAUGAGCAGGCUGUCCGCUCAGUGCAGGCCAGUUUGCUGCAGGAGGAAGAGGAGAAGUUGGCAGAGCUAAUGAAGCUGAAGACGGAACGGCAGGAGCUGAGCUUACAGGAGAGGGAGCAGGUGCCCCGGAGCAGGCAGCUUAAUGACCAGCACCUCACUACGGCCCAGAAGAAACUGAGGCGUGCGUCUCGCUACGUCAAACAUUGGAAUAUCCAAUUGAACCGACUGAUGCAACCAGUAACACCCGGGGUUGCCCACGAUCCUCAGUAGACCAGCAACGUAUUCAGCCACCGAGGUGGGGGAGCCUUCAUACCCAAGGAGUUCAGCAUUAAGAGGAGGUUUCGGAGGGAGAACAAGAAUGCAGACAGUGACCAGCAGCUCACCAGGAGGAGCUCAGAGUCUUCAUCCGAGGAGAACAUCAGUGAGCAACUGAAGGAGGUCACUCUGCAACAAGCCACCUCCCUGUAGCUCUAGGGCAACAAGUUUUAUUUCAGUGCCUUGGGAUGUACUCCCGACGUAAAAGGCACUAUACAAAUGUCAUUUUGUUGUUGUUAUGCGAGAAUAAAAUACCUGAGGGCAGGACCUCAGUGAAGACACUGUAAAACAGCAAGGUCCCAGCAUGGCCCCCAAAGCCUCAAACCAAGUGCUUGUCAAAGGAUUUUCCCGCAAGGAUGCAUAUGUGAGACGCUUUCCUGCAUGAAGGCUGCUAUUGUAAAUGCAAUUUGUUGAAUAUAUUAC